GGCGCGCGGCUGCGGGGCUUCGGGCGCUGGGCGCUCAGGAACUGCCUGGUGCUGCUGACCGUGGCCGGCGUGCUGGGCGGCGUGGCGCUGGGCGCGGCCGUGCGGCGCCUGCAGUUGUCCCGGCCGCAGGUGGCCUAUCUGGCCUUCCCAGGCGAGAUGCUGCUCCGCAUGCUCAAGAUGAUCAUCCUUCCCCUGGUGGUGUGCAGCCUCGUGUCUGGCGCCGCCAGCCUGGACACCCGGGCGCUGGGCAAGCUGGGCGGCAUCGCCAUCACCUACUUCUUGGGCACCACCCUGCUGGCCUCAGGGCUGGCUGUGGCCCUGGCCUUCAUCAUCCGCCCUGGGGCGGGUGCCGCGUCCCUCAACACCAACGCCCUGGGGCUGGAGGGCACUGUGGCCACCAGCAAGGAGACUGUGGACUCCUUCCUGGACCUCACCAGAAACCUGUUUCCAUCAAACCUUGUUGCUGCAGCUUUUCGAUCGUAUGCAACAGACUAUAAGAUGGUAUCCAGAAACACUACCACUGGAAAUGUUACAAUUGAAAAGGUUCCUAUUGGCAAAGAAAUUGAAGGGAUGAACAUUCUGGGAUUGGUACUUUUCGCUCUGGUUCUAGGAGUGGCUUUGAAAAAGCUUGGCCAUGAAGGGGAAGAUUUGAUUCGCUUUUUUAACUCAUUCAAUGAGGCAACUAUGGUCUUGGUGUCCUGGAUUAUGUGGUAUGUGCCUAUUGGCAUCAUGUUCCUUGUCGGGAGCAAGAUUGUGGAAAUGGAAGAUAUAACACUUCUGGUGACCAGCUUGGGAAAGUACAUUUUUGCCUCGAUUCUGGGUCACGUUAUCCAUGGAGGAAUCAUUUUGCCACUUAUUUAUUUUGCAUUCACACGCAAAAAUCCUUACAGCUUUCUCUUGGGACUUAUAAUGCCAUUUGCAACAGCCUUUGCCACUUGCUCCAGCUCAGCUACUCUCCCAUCAAUGAUCAAGUGUACUGAAGAAAACAACGGCGUGGACAAGAGGAUCAGUAGAUUUAUCCUUCCUAUCGGGGCUACUGUGAACAUGGAUGGAGCUGCUAUAUUCCAGUGUGUGGCAGCUGUGUUUAUUGCUCAGCUGAAUAACGUUGACCUCAAUGCUGGACAGAUCUUCACUAUUCUCGUCACUGCCACUGCAUCCAGUGUCGGAGCAGCUGGAGUCCCAUCGGGUGGAGUUCUGACCAUUGCCAUCAUCCUGGAGGCCAUUGGACUUCCUACGAAUGAUCUGUCUUUGAUAUUAGCAGUGGACUGGAUUGUGGACCGAACCACCACUGUUGUGAACGUUGAAGGAGAUGCCCUGGGAGCGGGCAUUCUUCAUUAUCUGAAUCAAAAAGAAAUGAAGAACAAAGAGCAGGACCUAAAAGAAGUCAAUGUAGAAGCGAUUCCAAACUGCAAAUCUGAAGGGGAAACAUCACCUCUGGUAACACACAUGAACCAAGCCUCCAACCCAGCCAGCACGGUGGAGCCACCUUCUAAAGAAUCAGUCUUGUGAACUAGGGGCAGCUUGUGAAUGAGCAUUGUAGAGGUGGACUGCAAACUUGUUAACAUGCCUGGACUGUUUGCACUGCAAUCUGGGGCCGGAUGGAUGCUAAACUUUUCAGUUUUGACAUGUUUUGAAUCUUGUUAGGCAGGUAUGUCUUUGUGAGUGCUUGUUUUUCCCUGGUAAGAGCAAUCACCUUGACAUGGUAUUUUGGGGUUUCAUAUUGUGUGUGUGUGUGUGUGUGUGUGUGUUUUGUGCAUGCAUACACAUGCACACGUAGGAAAACAAUACCAUCCGAACUUUUGGUUUAAAAAGAUAUUCAGCAAUAGAGUUCAUGGGGGUGGGAAGGAAUGAAGUAACCAGCAAGUAUUGAUGGUAGCUGGAAAACAUCCAGGGGCAGGCAAUUAUUUUGGGCGGAGGGCUGCUUACUGAGUUUUGGCAAGCCAUUGAGGGCCGCAUGACAGACAGCCGGGGGCAGAUAAAUAUUAAUUUUCUAAAUUUUUUUAGGGGCCCCGUAGGCCAGCUAGAAUGGCCUGGAGGGCUGCAUCCGGCCCGUGGCCUCAUUUUGCCCACCCCUGUAUUAGACGGUAUUGUGCUGUACAAGGCUGAGGUCUAGCACAUCCUUAAUUGUAUUUAGGUACCAGUACUUACUGUGAAAUACCAGCUUAGGACUCUCUAGUGAAACAGUAGAAAGUGCCAUUUUUGUCCCCCUGUCCAUUAAAAACAUUAUUGCAGACAAAUGUUGGAAACCUGUUUUGUUUGGGGAUUUUUUUUUUUUUCAAAUUUAGUAUGAGAGCCUGAUCUUCUUUCCAGUCUCAUGCUGUAUUACCAGAACAUUUGCGGGAAGGCAGACCUCACAGCAGCUUUCACUCUCUACUCCCUCACUUUUGGUGAUGUAAAUUUAAAGGCAAAAACAUGCCUUUAAAAUAAGAGGUCUGGUUCCCAGCUUCCCUCCCAAAGCGGCAAAACAAGCCACUCAUAAACCAGUUGUGGUACAGUAAGUACUCUGGGAUUGAGAAUUUUUAUAGCAAGUCACAGAAUUGGUGAUAACAGCCCUGAGACAAAAAAAAUUGUCAGCUACAUACAUUUAAAUGUACAUGUAUGCACCUGCCACUGCUGUGUUUUCUGUUUGUGUGUAUUUAAUGGAUUAAGCCAAACAUGGUGUGAGGUUCAACUUGCACUAUGCAAGGUGUUGUCUUAACUCCUCCAGGGUACUCUGCCUGACGCCUGAGCCAACUGCUUUCUGACUCGCCCCCCAGGCUUUGUAAAUUUACAAAGCCCACUGAAGUCACUGUAAAGCUCCAUUUCAUUGCUGUGGGUCUUGAAUCAGGUCCGUAAAGCCUCAAAAUGAACACUGUUUAAACGUUCAGGUCUCAUCUGACUUGUGAUGGAAAACAAGCAUGACACCUUGCCAUGACUUAUUUUAGAGUGAGCUUCCCAGGCACAUUUAGUACCAUCAUUGCAAGUUUAUGCUGUCCUCACUGUGCCCCUGAGAAAAGUCAUUGUUGGCUUGUCUCAGCGAGAUACAUUUGUAGAGAUUCUUUCCCUUUUCCUACCUCCUCUCUGUACAGGAGAGAGAGAGAGUGGAAAGACUUCUAUUGCUGGAGUUUCUCAUUAUGACAGCUCAGAUUUACUAAGAGCAGCAGCUUUGGCUCAUAGAGUAUCUUUCCUCAUGAAGGAGCGCACAGUGCAUUGCAAAAUGACAUGCAAAAUGUCAUUGCAGAGGUUACGUCCCCCAUCACUGGAGGGCAUGCCAAAGUCUGCACCAGCUUCCGUUUCUGCAUAGAUAUAUGAUGUAGCCUUCUAUAGCGUGCAUUGCAAUAAUCACAUGUAGCAAAGUGAUUAUAAUUACCUGAGUUGGAAUUUAACCAAGGCUAACACUCCUACCCUUACGAAAAGGUGCCAUAGUAUUUUAAUGGACCAGAAAUGUUCAGGACCAAUCUUUGUGUUGUCCAAGAAGCCUGGAAUCUUGCAGGUAGCUAAACUCUAUUUUAGGCUCAUGUGAAGAGCCUGUUCUUUUACAUAUGGGCACAUCUACACGUGCACUUUAAUGUGCAUUAGCCUAUUUUAAUGUGCAUUAAAGGAUCACAAAAAAUACCAUGCAUUUUUGCUAAUGCACAUUAAAAUGGGCUAAUGCACCCUUUUCUAGUCCCUCAUAAUGGAGGUACUAAAUUUAAUGUGCAUUACCAAAAAUGCAUUAAUGAACGUGUAGACACAUCCCGUAUGUAUUAUUCUUACAUAGCAAGUAUCAUGCCUGGGAUUUCAUGAAAGUUGAAACAUUUUUUCCCUAUCAACACAUCUUCUUAUGAAUUAUUUUGUCCAUCAUCAUUGUCAUGAGCAAUAUUUUUAUUGGCUGCUUAAUGUAGUGUUAUUUGCUUUCAACACAAUGCAGGCCUGUGUGACUA